CAUCUGUGGAGGCAACUGCUGCUUUGGGUUCCAGUAGAAACACAGAGACAUGGCCAAUAAGCUCGCUAUAAACGCACCGCCUUAUUUCGGAUGAUAUUACUUCUUCCAGUAGUUUCCUGGUUUCUAAUCUCAUUAAAGGGCGUGUGAAGAGCAGAGGAGCCGGAGGAACCACCCCUGGCCAGGACGCAUCCCGGGCAAGGAAGCACCACGGGUCAGGACGCACAAGAUGCGGGAGGCAGAGAGCGAUCACCAGGUCCUCUGACCGCCGUACGGCCGCGGUCUAUCUGGUAAACUUGGAGCAAAGAUGGUUCCACUUCGUAGGUCGUGGAUCAUUCUGAUGGAUAUUUUAAUAUAUACCAAACUGAACCUUUGCAUGGAAAUCGAUUUUUGCACACCGGUUGAGCUCGACGAGCGACUUGCAAUGAGGCAACUCCUUGGGCGCACGGAUAGCACGGCUGAAAACCAUGUAGUGUUUAAACUCAAUGCUUUCAGAAAAGUAUUUUACCUACACCUUUCCCCCGAUUCUAAUUUCCUUGGCCCGUUAAGUAUAGAGCUCCGUGCCCCUGCAUCUGCAGGUGGAGCGUCGAGGCAGUGCUUCUAUUCCGGCGACGUGAACGCGGACCCGCGCUCCUUCGCGGCUGUCAGUCUCUGCAAGGGGCUCCAAGGAAUUUUCGCGCAUAACGGAACGGAGUAUUUUAUAAGCCUGUUUGGGGGUGAAGAAAGUCCGGAGGCUGGGAGGAAUUUUGACAGGACGCAUGUCAUCCGUCGCCGGACGCGGGCUCACUUUAGUGAUGGAAGCGAUGGAAGCGGUCCCUUCGCCAGCAGGUGCGGAGUGGCACACACUAACGCCAAGUUCAACCUUUCCUCGGAUACUCUGCAAAAGUACGAGUUCAUGAAGGAAUUCGAGAUGGAUGGUGCGACCGAAACCGUCAUGAGAUCGUUGGGAAGAUCGAAACGCUUCGCAUCUAUCCCCAGGUUUGUGGAGGUGCUGGUGGUCGCGGACAACUCAAUGGUCAAAUUCCACGGCGAUGACCUCAAGCAUUACCUCCUGACCUUGAUGUCGGUGGCCGCCAGGCUUUACAAACAUCCCAGUAUUCUGAACUCCAUAAACAUAGUGGUGGUAGGCCUAAUGGCUAUACACGAAGAAGACAAGGGGCCUAAAGUGUCCAGCAACGCAGCUCUUACGCUGCGUAAUUUCUGCUCCUGGCAGAAAAAGUUGAAUAAAUACAACGACCAACAUCCCGCCUACUGGGACACAGCCAUACUUUUCACCAAGCAGGACCUUUGUGGGGCCAAAACCUGCGACACUCUGGGGAUGGCUGAUGUGGGGACCAUCUGCGACCCCAAGAGGAGCUGCUCUGUCAUUGAGGAUGACGGCCUACCCUCGGCCUUCACCACAGCUCAUGAACUAGGCCACGUCUUCAACAUGCCCCAUGACAAUGUGAAGGCCUGUGAAGCGGUGUUUGGGAAGCUGAGGGACAACCAAAUGAUGUCUCCUACGCUGAUUCAGAUUGACAGGAGCCGGCCCUGGUCUGUGUGCAGUGCUGCCAUUAUCACAGAGUUCCUGGACAGAGGUCAUGGAGAAUGUUUGCUGGACCAGCCCCAGAACCAGCUGACUCUCCCAGAGACCCUCCCUGGCUCCAGCUACAGCCUCCACCGCCAGUGUGAGCUUGCCUUCGGGAGCGGCUCCAGGCCAUGCCCCUACAUGCAUCCCUGCACCAAGCUAUGGUGCACGGGGAAGGCCCGUGGGCAGCUGGUGUGCCAGACCAGACAUUUCCCAUGGGCAGACGGCACCAGCUGCGGAACCAGCAGAGUCUGCUACCGAGGGGGAUGCGUGGACAAAAACAACACUGUGCACAUCAAGGUGGAUGGCAAGUGGGGAAAGUGGGGUACGUUUGGGGCCUGCUCUCGGACCUGCGGUGGGGGGGUCCAACUGGCCAAGAGGGAAUGCAACAAUCCUGUGCCAGAUAACGGCGGAAAAUAUUGCUAUGGCCUCCGCAUUAAAUACCGCUCCUGCAACUUCAGUACUUGUCCUGAAACAGGAAAGAGUUACCGCGAGGAGCAGUGCGAGGCGUUCAAUGGCUUCAACCUGAAAACCAACCGCCUCAGCUCCUCCGUGGGCUGGGUCCCCAAGUACUCAGGGAUCUCUCCCAAGGACAAAUGUAAACUCAUCUGCCGAGCCAACGGAACUGGAUACUUUUACGUGCUUGCUCCGAAGGUGGUGGAUGGGACCCCCUGCUCCCCGGACACCUCGGCUGUGUGCGUGCAGGGGAGGUGCAUCAAGGCUGGCUGCGACCACAGGCUCAACUCCAACAGCAAGUUUGACAAGUGUGGUGUGUGUGGUGGAGACAACCAGGCCUGCAAGAAGGUGUCGGGACAUUUCAUGAAACCCAUACAUGGCUACAAUCUGGUGUUAACCCUGCCGGUCGGGGCCUCCAACGUGGACAUCCGCCAGCGGGGGUACCGGGGCCUGGUGGGAGACGAGAACUACCUGGCGGUGAAGAACCAGCACGGCCGCUACCUCCUGAACGGAGACUACGUGGUGUCGGCGGCCGAGCGGGACCUGCUGGUGAGGGGCAGCCUGCUGCGCUACAGCGGCACCUCCACGGCCGUGGAGACCCUGCUGGCCACCAGACCCCUCCAGGAGCCCCUCACCGUGGAGGUGCUGUCCGUGGGGAGGAUGACCCCGCCCAGGGUGCGCUACUCCUUCUACGUCCGCAGGGAGGAGGAGCCCCUGAAGGAGGAGGAGCGCCUAAAGGAGGAGGAGCCCCUGAAGAAGGAGGAGCCCCUGAAGAAGGAGGAGCCCCUGAAGAAGGAGAAGCCCCUGAAGAAGGAGGAGCCCCUGACGAAGGAGGAGCCCCGGAACAAAGAGCAGCCCCUGAACAAGGAAGCGCCCCCACGCAAGAAGGAGCCCCGGAACAAGAAGGAGCCCAGGAACAAGAAGGAGCCCCAGAACAAGAAGGAGCCCCAGAACAAGAAGGAGCCCCAGAACAAGGAGGAGCCUCUGAAAAAGGAGAAGCCCCUGAAGGAGGAGGAGCCCCUGAAGGAGGAGGAGCCCCUGAAGGAGGAGAAGCCCCUGAAGGAGGAGGAGCCCCUGAAGGAGGAGAAGCUCCUGAAGGAGGAGGAGCCCCUGAAGGAGGAGAAGCUCCUGAAGGAGGAGGAGCCCCGGAACAAAGAGGAGCCCCGGAACAAGGAGGUGCCCCUGAAGAAGGAGGAGCAUGGGCGUGAGGGGGAGCCCCUGAAGGAGGAGGAACGCGACAAGAACAGCGUGCUGGCUUACAGCAACAAGGUGGAGGCUGAGGAGCCGGCGCUGGGCUCCAGCCGCCCAAGCCAGUGGGUGGCGGGCGAGUGGGACAGGUGCACGGUGACGUGCGGCCACGGGCUCCAGAAGAGGCCGGUGGGGUGCCGGGGUGCGGAGGGUCGCCCCGCGGGGGAUUGUCACAUGGGCGGGAGGCCGGCGGCUAUGAGGGUGUGCGGGGCCCCCUGCCCCCUGUGGGACGUGGGGCCCUGGGCACAUUGCUCCAAGUCCUGUGGGCGGGGCUACAAGCGGCGUCCACUGAGGUGUGUGAGCCACAACAGUUUGACUUUACCCAGAGAUCAGUGCUCUGGAAGGAAAAAGCCUCAGGAAUUGGACCUCUGUAAUUUGAGGCCAUGUUAAAUAGAGACAAAUAAAAACAAUGGAACAUUUUACCUUGGCAGAGAAAGGAGGAUUCAAAACGAAUGUUAAUACUAAUCCCUCCUCAAUUGAAGACACCAUUUCAUUCAGGGACAAGACUGCACCAUCAAACACACUCUCGCUAUGUUGGCUGGCUCUACCGGGCUUUAAUGGAGAACAACACCAGAGAUGCUCCUGUUUCCUACUUUGAAUGGACAUGAACAGACUAAAAGUCGUGCCCUCAUCUUCUCCAUUGGUUGACAGCCUCUGGCAGUGGCUUUUAGAGAGUCUACCUCUAGUUGGACAUGUGAGACUAGUUAGACAGAGUAAAAAUAGGCAGACAGAGAGUAUUGGACUGUUGUUGAGUCACCAACCAUGAAUUUAUAUUCAAAUAAAUUGAACAUCAUACACAAACACAUACAAUGUAAGCAUUUAAUUAAUCUAAUCUAAUAAGAAUAAAUAUGAUUGGAGGGUGAUUAAUGCUGCAUGAUAAAGAAGGGUGAAAGGCCAGUUUAGGAAAAAUGUAAUAUUGGUUGAAUUCUUUAAUCAUUCAAAGAAAUCACUGAACUUUUAUCAGACCUACAUAUGUUACCUGUGAAUUAAAAGUUGCAGAUUGAAACUAACUGAAAUCAGCCCUCCCUUUAUAACAACUACAGUGUCCUGUUCUGGCCUGUGUUGUAUAAGGUGUCCUGUACUGGACUGUGUAGUGUAAGGUGUCCUGUACUGGCCUGUAUUUUGUAAGCUGUCCUGUACUGGCCUGUGUUCGGUAAGGUGUCCUGUACUGGCCUGUGUUUUGUAGGGUGUCCUGUACUGGCCUGUGUUCGGUAAGGUGUCCUGUACUGGCCUGUGUUUUGUAGGGUGUCCUGUACUGGCCUGUGUUGUGAAGGGUGUCCUGUACUGGCCUCUGGGGUGUGGGUUGUCCUGUACUGGCCUGUGUUUUGUAGGGUGUCCUGUACUGGCCUGUGUUCGGUAAGGUGUCCUGUACUGGCCUGUGUUUUGUAGGGUGUCCUGUACUGGCCUGUGUUCGGUAAGGUGUCCUGUACUGGCCUGUGUUUUGUAGGGUGUCCUGUACUGGCCUGUGUUGUGAAGGGUGUCCUGUACUGGCCUCUGGGGUGUGGGUUGUCCUGUACUGGCCUGUGCUGUAUAAGGUGUCCUGUACUUGCCUGUAUUUUGUAAGGUGUUCUGUACUGGCCAGUGUUGUGUAAGGUGGCCUGUACAGGCUAAUUUUGUGUAAGGUGCCAGUAGGGACAGCAUCUAGUAGCCAGGUGUCAAGUGAUGAGGUUCUUUGAUAGAUUUAUAAAUUGUGUUUAGUUAAGCCUCUCAAUGGAAGACUAUAGGUCAUAGCUUACAAGUAAUGGUAAUUUUACAUUGAACACUAUUAUUAGUUGCGCUUUUAUUAUAGAUCAUGGAGCUGAAUGGGACUCUACACAAACGGCACAAUUUUGAUUUUGCGAAAAAGGAACAUUAGCUUGUAUCGCAUUAAGGUAGAUUGUUCUCAUGGCUUUUAGCCAUUAGAACAUAUAAAUCAGUUAAACCAAUCACAAUCGGGUAUCUUUGUCAUAGUCACCAUGGAGACACCAUUGGACAAGGCGGAGGCAACAGCCUAUUUAGGUUCUCAACACACAGUGUUCUAACUGCAUAGUUGUAAACUACCAUCAUAUACCUAUACUUAUCCUAUCUGUUACAUGUAUUAAUCAUCCAUAGUGGUAAAGUACCAUCAGAGAUCUAUAAAUAUCCCUAUCUUUUAUAUGUAUUGAUCAGUCAUCCACAAUGGUAAACUACCAUCAUAUAUCACUAUCUGUUAUAUCUUUUGAUCAUCCAUAGUAGUAAACAACCAUGAUAGACCUAUAAUUAUCCUAUCCUUUACAUAUAUUGAUACUCCAUUGCGGUAAACUACCAUCAUAUGAAUAUUAUUACCACUAUGUGUUACAUGUAUUGAUCAUCCAUCUCAAUAGCAGUUGGCGAUAAAAAAACAUAUUUGAGAAUAUAGGUUGCCUUUGAUAAUAUGUAUGAUGAUGUAUUCAUUUCGGAUACCAACUUUCUCAGAAUGAGCGAGAGCCCACUUUAGUUAUCGGACAGGGAAUACUACCUCGAAACUAACGUUUCAAAAACAUGGAUCCUCGAACUGACAUUCUCUAAACUAUUUUACCCUACUUGCAGCAGUGGAUGUCCACGUCUGAGAGAGGGUUAAGCUUUUAGACGCUAAUAGCCCUUUCACACAUUCUCUGUAUAAUACCUCUAGAGUCUACCCAGUAUUUACCCAGAGUUUACCCAUAAUUUACCCAGAGUUUAACCAGAGUUUACCCAGAGUUUACCCAGUUUAGCCAGAGUUUACCCGAGUCUACCCAGAGUUUACCCAGAAUUUACUCAGAGUUUACCCAGAGUUUACCCAGAGGUUACCCAGAGUUUAUCCGGCCAGGACCCUGGUGUAAAGUCUGGAGUAUCGACGAGCUGGAGAAUUCCCAGUGAGCAAGUGAGCAUGUUGCUGACGUGUUGUUGUUGUGGUGAUGAUGUUUCUAUCAUGCUACUGGCCAAAACUGAGAGCACAGAGGGUAGCUGCUUCGUACUUUUCUCUUCUUGCCUGUAUUUUGCGUUCCAACUUCUGUUUGCUUUCCGCUCUUCUGUCGAUAUUGUGGAUACGUCUAUAUAAAUGCAGUACUAAAGGAGAAAUCCGGUGUAAAAUGGAUCUGGGAUAUGUUGGAUAACGAGUUGGAAUCUUCGUUUGGGAGCAAAAAAGCGCAUAUAUAUAAUAUAGCUAUUUAGUUUUUACCAUGAGACCCUAUCGUUCCAAGUUUAUAGCGUUUCGGUAGAAUCGGCUAAAAACAGCCAACUGAAGAAUGCGUCUAUAGACACUAUUUUGCUCCCAAACGAACAUUCCAACUCGUUAUCAUACUAAACAUAUCCCAGAUCCAUUUUACAAUGGAUAUUUUUCCUUUAAUAUCACCGCUAGAAGAGUCAGCAUUACGGAGUUUGUUCCUCAGCCGAUAUCUUCAACGUGUUAUAAACAAAACCAUGACUAACGCUGCAUUCUUUCUGCAUCACGCCCUCCUCCAACACCUACUCCUCCUCCUCUCUCCACCUCUUGCCACCUCCCACUCCCUCCUCCUCCUACACGUCCUCCUCCACCUACUCUCACCUCCUACACGUCCUCCUCCACCUACUCUCACCUCCUACACGUCCUCCUCCACCUACUCUCACCUCCUACACAUCCUCCUCCUACAUGUCCUCCUCCUACACCCCCUCGUAAUGCGGCGUUGAUUCAUGGGAUUUAGGUCAAUUUAAAUAAAUGUUGAGUCAAAGAAAAGUAGCGUCAGUAUUUGUUAUUCCCCAUGUGAGCCAGCCAGUAUCAUAUGACCUGAGAUGAACCAAGUAACGGUAUGCAGAGUUCAGGCCUGCAUGAGGACAGGGAAAUGACCAACGGCUUCCUCUGUAGGACAGCAAUACUAACACGGGAAUCAGAAACACAGAACGCUGGUCCGUCAAAGCCCACAGCACCCACCCUUAACCGUUUGGCUCAUGGUGCAUCUGAAUUGUGUAAAUGUAAAGUUGUUUGCAAUGGCGCUAUUUUGUUUUACAUCAUUUUUUUUAUUGUUUCUUGUUAGCUGUUUUUGUAUACUAUGUAUACAUCCAUUCACGCAAAAGACGUAUAUAUGAAUAUAAACAUUUGUUGAUUUAUGACUUGAUUUGUGUGUGUUAUUUGAUAUGAUACAUUAUAUUCCAGAAUAACAAACCACUAAAAACCAGACUCAGAUAACCAGCAGGAAGGAAGCAGCGUCAUGGCUCGCUGGGCUCUCCCCGCUCUGCAUGCAGGGGGAAACUCACUGCUGCCGUAGGGCUGAGUGACAGGAGGGAGCUUUAGUUUCUUUGUGAGGGGGAUGGGUGUGCAGGCCCCCAGUGGGGAUACGAGCAGGGAGACCAGGGGACAACUAUUGGUUUGUGACAGAGAGACAGCGUUAAAGAUGCAAUAAAAAUGGACAUUAUCAUUUUCGUAGUCUUGUUAUUCACCUUUCCAAUUAUCACCUUCCAACCUCAAAGAGAGGAAAAUCCAAUGUACCUAACUUUCUCCACAACCCGUAGCAUCAGCAUUUUAUUCCCACCCUCACAGAAAGCAUUCAAUGGGCCACUACACAGCUGCUGGUUAACCUCCGCUCAGAUUAGGGUUCAGCUGGUUAACGUCCUUCUCUCAGAUCAGGGGUCAGCUGGUUAACAUCCUCUUUCACUGGUUAACGUCCUCCACUGGAGUCAGCUGGUUAACGCCCUCCACUCAGAUCAGGAGUCAGCUGUUU